AUGGCCCUGGUGAAUUUCACCCUCAGCGCGGAGGGAGUGGGCGCCUUCAACGAUGCCCUCAUGUGCAUCCACAAGUUCAGUGACGACGUUUCUCUCGAAGUAAAGAAAGACAAGUUGGUCCUGACUGCCCUCAAUCUUACCAAGUCGGCAUAUGUCUCCUUCACCUUUGCCGCGAACAGGUUCUUCUCCCAAUUCUCCUUCAACGGCAGUGCACAGUACCGCGAGAGGUUCUUUUGUGUAAUAUACAUCAAGUCGCUUCGUUGCAAAGGUAUCACGGCCACUCACCGAAUCUCCUUCGAAGCCAAAUCUCCAGUCCAUGCCAAGUUCGACAAGAAUGAGGCAGUACAUCACUGGACCAUCAACUCACGCACCCUUCGCUCUCUAAUGGAGCACUUUGGUCCAGGCAUCGACCUCCUGGACAUUAACACUGAUGGAGAGAAUGUGGUCAACUUCACAUGUUUCACGGAAAAGGUGGUCAGCGUGAAUAACGAGGUCAUAGCCGUGUUGAAAAAACCACUGCACACCUCCAUCGCGGUGGAGAUGGACGAGUUCGACGACAUUGCGGUGCCAGAGAAGCUACAUAUCAUUAUCAGUGUCAGGGACUUUCGUGCCGUCCUUCAGCACGCCAACUGGACCAGCAACGAGCUCAAUGCCGCCUACUCAAGACCGGGCCGUCCCAUGAAGGUCUCAUACAACGGUGAUGGCAUCAUCUGCGAGUUCAUCUUGAUGACUGUCGACGAAAAGAGCACCGCGGCCCAGAGGAAGGGCCAAUCUAAGGCAGCUGCUAAGGCCGCGAGGCCAGCUCUCGAUGCUGCAUCUGCAUCUGCGUCUGCCUCUAGCCGCCCUGCGUCCGCAGCGAACAUCCCAUCCCGGCAACCGAGCCCUCCUCAGCAAAAGGCCCAGGAGCAACAAGGUCAAUCUACCCGCAUGCCGCCCCCCCGGAGACCGAACCCUCCACGUUCAUCGCAGUUCGACAUUCGAGCCCCGCUCAGACAGCCACCGUCCACCCUCAAAUCCGACUCCCUGUUCAUGCCUCAACCGGAUGAAGAUGACCAAUGGGAGCCUGUCAACCCUAAUGAUGACGAAGACGAUGAGCAUGCCCGGCUGGAAUGGGAGCCCAGUAAUGAGCCCGCAUCCACCAUGCGGAUCAGCAAUCACCUCAACAACGUUCAGGAUGCGCCGCAAGAUUAUGGAGGGGGAGAUGCCCUUCCAUCAGCACUGGAGCCCACACAGAGACUGGCGGAUGUUCGCAAGUUUGGCCUCUUCUCUAGCUAG